CUGCAUACCUUUGCUGCGGGAUUUUCAGGAGCUGUGACAUUGGGAGUUGUCACAGAGGAGCCUUGUGCUUUAGAGAUGCGGCAUCCCAGGCGAACUAAUUAUCUUGACUGGGAUAAAAGAGAAAGUCUGGAGCACAGAAGGUAUGACAGUGCUGAUAAAAGAAAGAGAUCAUCAAGUGGUGCACAGGAGAACAAGCACUGCAAAAACGAUCUUUAUAAACUUCCUGACAGUAGCCGUUCAGAAACCAAAUCUGUUAAUGAAAGAACCCAUCAUGAGCGACGCUAUGUUGAAGAAUACCGAAAUGAGUACAAUCAAGGAUGUGAUACUGGGCAUCACAGUAGCAAAUCAUCGGGUCAUAGUGGGACGAGUAGUUACAAAAGGAAAUACAAGACAUACCACACUACCUGUCAUCAUCGUCAUUCACAGAAGAGUCAUCGAAGGAAAAGAUCCAGGAGUGUAGAGGAUGAUGAGGAGGGUCACCUGGUCUGUCAGAGUGGAGACGUACUAAGUGCAAGAUAUGAGAUUGUUGCUAAUCUGGGUGAAGGUGCUUUUGGAAAAGUAGUGGAAUGCAUUGAUCACAAAGCGGAGGACAGGCACGUGGCAGUAAAAAUAGUGAAAAAUGUUGAUCGUUACUCUGAGGCGGCUCAUGCAGAAAUACAAGUCCUGGAGCAUUUAAAUGCAUCGGAUCCCAGCAGCACAUAUCGCUGUGUCAAGAUGUUAGAAUGGUUUGAGUACCAUGGACAUGUCUGCAUCGUUUUUGAGCUACUGGGACUCAGCACCUAUGACUUUAUUAAAGAGAAUGGCUUUCUGCCAUUUAGGCUGAACCACAUUAGACACAUGGCUUAUCAGAUCUGCAAGUCUGUGAACUUUUUGCAUUUGAAUAAGUUGACACAUACCGAUCUGAAACCAGAAAACAUUUUAUUUGUGAAGUCUGACUAUGUAGAAGAGUAUAACCCCAAACUGAAAUGCGAUGAACGCACACUGAAAAACGCAGACAUCAAAAUCGUCGACUUCGGGAGUGCAACGUAUGACAAUGAGUAUCAUAGCACUUUGGUGUCUACAAGACAUUACAGAGCUCCUGAAGUUAUUCUAGCAUUGGGAUGGUCACAGCCAUGUGAUGUUUGGAGCAUAGGAUGCAUUCUUAUAGAAUACUACCUUGGAUUCACUAUAUUUCCGACCCAUGACAGCAAAGAACACUUGGCAAUGAUGGAGCGGAUACUGGGGCCUUUGCCAAAUCACAUGAUAAAGAAAACCAGGAAACACAGAUACUUCUAUCAUGACCAGCUGGAUUGGGAUGAACACAGUUCUGCUGGUAGAUAUGUCUCAAGGCGCUGCAAGCCACUGAAGGAAUUCAUGACCUGCCAUGAUUCUGACCAUGAGAACCUCUUUGACCUCAUUGAAAAGAUGUUGGAGUAUGACCCAGCCAAGCGCAUUACUCUUGAAGAAGCACUGAAACAUCCUUUUUUCUUCCCCUUGAAAGAAGAAAAAAGGGCAUCACCUGUAGCUGAGCAGGCUGGUACAGACAUCAGUCCACCAAAGAAACAUAAAAGAUGCUAAGUAUUUAUUGUGUACAGUUUUGUAAAUGCCUUAUUUUGUAUCACAAUGUUUUGGAUAUUGAUCUAGCUGCUGGCAUUAAACUU